AUGUGGCUAAAUAAAGAUAAGAUUAUUACAUCUAAACGUGGUCAUUAUGCAAAAAUUAGAUCUCUUCUUCUCCAUGAAGAUUUUAAAUUACAAGUUACUGAAUAUUUGCAUACACAUAAAUUUACAUUGAGGAUUGCUGAAUUUGUAAAAUUCAUUGAGAAUGAGGCUAUACCUGCUCUUGAAAUAGAGGAAAAGAUAACCAUUUCACAUACAACAGCACGUGAAUGGUUGCAUAAGCUUGUAGCAUAUCAGCAUGAAUUUUUGCAGAAAUUUGCAGAAUUACAAAAAAGAAUGACUACUUAUGAAGGUGAAAAUUUGGAUCAGAUUAUUCCAUCUUUACUUUUACCUGAGAUUGUUUCUAUUACCCAGGAUGAGUCGUUAUUUUAUGCCAAGGACGAGAAGAAGUGUGCUAUGAAUGAUUUAUUACCUGAUAAUGAGCAGCUUAUAUAUACUGAAGUCUGUGUUGUCAUGCAUCCUGAUACAAAUCGUGAUGGCUGUUGCAACUACAAUACAUUUCCUGAUGAUGCAUUAGUGGUUACAAGAAUGAACAUGAAGGAUGGUGGUAAACAACCUCUUCUCCAUAAUGGUCAAAAACCUGAUAGCUCGACACAUAUUAUAAUGUUCACAGAUAUCGAUAGUAUAAUCAUUGAAGCAGCAGGCCAUAUGUGUAUGUUUUAUCUGAAGUUCUAUUGUGAACUUAAUUAUAUUGAGUCAUUCUGGUCAGAAACAAAAAGGUAUUCACGACUCCAUUAUGACUACACAUUCAAGGGCCUUCAGGAAGUUGUAUUACAUGCAUUGGAAUCCAUUAGCCUAAUGAAAAUUUGCCGAUUUGCACAUCAUUCUGAAUGCUACAUGAGUGCUUAUGAAGUUGGGCUUAUAGGUAAGGCAGCUGUUUUUGCAGUGAAAUGGUAUCGAUCACAUUGCUAUGUUCCUACAAGUGUUUUAGAAGAAUUUGGUGAUGUUAAUCAAUAA